AGUAUAUUCACCUUAACUCAGGUCUAUAGAUCCAGUCCAGUAUAUACACCUUAACUCAGAUCUAUAGAUCCAGUCCAGUAUAUACACCUUAACUCAGGUCCAGCAGAGUAGGGGUCCUUUUUUGGUAGUGGGGGGCGAUGUGCUGUGUUUGGUUCCUGCUCAUUUUCAGGAGGGACCAUUCAAUGAAACACAGCUCCCUGGGCUUUGUCAUGGUGACACAAUGUUUAGGGGGCUGGGACGAAGAGAAUUGACUAGGACUGCAUUAGGCUGGUGAUCUCCAAUGCCCACAGACAGUUCAUAGUAAACACCCUGGGAAGACAGGUAACACUUGUGUUGCUAUUUUACCUGUGUAAUAACACUGUAAUUAAACCAGUAACAGAGUUGUAUUAGCAUGCUGUUACAUAAUACUUUAGUAAAUACAUUAUUUUGACAGUUUCAAUAAUGCAACUGGUUUGAUACCUCAAAAUGAGUCAGCACAGCUCACAGCAAUAGACUUUUCAGCUCAUUCUGCUGAACAUCGAUACUUUUUGUGUGAUAACAGAGUACUAACAGUGCAGGAGAAAUGAGGUCCCUAACAGGAAAUGUGGAAAAAGCUGAGACUCAUUCUGGAAGAUGAAUGUGUCUAGAAGAGGUUCACUCAUGGGUCAUUACUUAGCUGGUACCAGAGACAGACUGGCCGUAGGACAGUUCUGGCAAAUGCCAGAUGGGUCGUCAAUCUUUAGCCCGGUGGGCCUGUCUGAAUUGGGCUUUUUCCGGCGAAUUAUUAUUAUUCUGGCUAAUAAUUGAGACCUUGAGGGAAAAAUGGACCGGUGUUCCCCAGUCUGACCCUGAGUGGUACUGUACUGAAAUGAUGUUUUCCAUUCUAGAAGUGUCAAGUGGAAUCAUCAAACUAACUUCUCACUUCAAAUGAUCUUUGUUAUGAUUCACUUUGGUUGUCCUUGCUAACUUAAUGUUUGUAUUGAUGUGAAUAAUGGAAUGUGUGUUUUAAAGAGAUCCUAGAUCUUGAGUUGAAAUGCAGUCAUAUGUUCCUCAUGGCUGUUAUAGGAGGAUGUCACUUGAUUUUUCUCAUUUGUAUGAAACCUCUGAAAUCAGCUUUUGUGAAAAAGACUUACCAAUUUCCAGUUACUUUUUUUUUCAGUCUCACAGGAAUAAAUUCCGGGAUAUUCCACAAGACUGUAUUCGCUUCCCAAAUGGCACCCUAUUCCCUUUAUAGCACACUAUAGUGCCCCCUGGUCAAACGUAGUGCACUAUAAAUGGAACAGGGUGCUAUUCAGAAACAGUCUGUGGUACAGAGAGUCCUUGUUUAGUGAUGUCACAGUUCAUGUAAACUUAGGAAGACUUCCUCUCUAAGUAUCCUCAGCUAAAAGACCGGGGACCGGAUUAGUUAGUGUGAUGCUGAGCGGAAGAGCAGACAGGGAGGCUAAGGCACAGAGAGACAGAACUGUGGGGUUUCCUUUUAAAUGUUUAGAUAUGGGAAGAGUGCAGAGCCGUAUGCUGGGGAGCAGAGGACCAGAGGUAAACAGUGAAAUGAGGCGUUGACACAGUAGAGGUAUAAACUAGUAAGCUGUAGGGGCAGUGAGGUUCUGGAUUGAGGAGGCCCUGGUCUCUCUACUAACCUCAAGGGGACCAAGACGUAACCUCAAACUGGCCAACAGAUUUAUUGAUCUCCUCACUCUUCUCUAAGCUUUGAGGCCGCGGGGCCAACCACAGAACCAUGGAGCCUGCCUAUACUGGGAUGUCACUGGAUAACUCGACCUCAACAGUGAUGCCCAUGGCGACCUCCGCCGGCAACACCAAUGUGAGCAGAGAGCCAUACAUGCACCGCCUGGCCCAUCUAGACGAAGGUCUCUACAAUGACUUCUACAGCCUGUGGAUCUGUCUGGUGGUGGUCAACACACUCAUCUUCAUGGUGGGAAUGGUUCUCAACACCCUGGCCCUGUAUGUGUUCUGCUUCCGCACCAAGCCCAAGACCACCUCAGUCAUUUACACCAUCAAUCUGGCUGUCACAGACCUACUGGUUAACCUCUCCCUGCCCACACGUAUCAUUCUCUAUUACAGUGGGGGAAAGUGCCUCAACUGCUCCUACGUGCAUAUAUUCAGCUACUUUGUCAACAUGUACUGCAGCAUCCUCUUCCUCACCAGUAUAUGCGUGGACAGAUACCUGGCCAUAGUACAGGCUGAGGCCUCUAGGAAGUGGAGGAACCCUAACGUGGCCAAGGGGGUGUGCAUUUUCAUCUGGCUCUUCGCUAUCGUGGUCACCUACUCCUUCCUCACCACGGCGUUCCGACACGCGGGCUGCUGCGUCUCCAAGCUCUUCGUCCUGACUGUCUUCGAGUUCUUCCUCCCCUUGGUCGUCAUUGUGGUGUUCACCGUGCGCAUCAUGUGUGCCCUGUCCAACUCCAGUCUGAUGCAGCAGAGCAGAGAGAGACGCGUGCGGGCCGUGCAGCUCCUCACCACUGUCCUGGUCAUCUUCACCAUCUGCUUCACCCCGUUCCACGUCAGGCAGGUGCUGGUGUACUUCUACCCCGACAUGCCCCACCACAUCAUUGUCUACCACGUCACCGUCACCCUCAGCAGCCUGAACAGCUGCAUGGACCCCAUCGUCUACUGCUUCGUCACCAACAACUUCCAGUCCAGCAUGAGGGGCUUCUUCCGCAAGGCGGAGGCAGAGCUGGAGCAGACCAGUGGGAACAUCAUCAGCAUGCAGAAUAGCUCCAAGGGCUCGGGGACUGUCACAGCUAUCGCUCACAGUGUGAUGAUGAACGUCCUGUCCUCCUCCUCUCCCCAGCAUGGGAACCACAUAGCGUUAGACUGAGAAAGGGAU